AUGUCGCCAGCUGCUGUUAUUUGUUCAACCACAACCAGUGAUUUAAUAAUAGAGAAUGAUAUAGUGGAAAAAGCCUUAAAGAGAAAGUUAGAAAUAGAGGUAGAUGAAAUAAAAUCAACAACUACAAUAGAAUCAGAAGUUAUACUAUCAAAUGAUACCAAAAAAUUAAAGACAUCAAAUUACUGGUUACCACCAUCAGUUACAUCAAUAAAAAAUUAUAAGGAUUUUAAAUCAUCAACAUAUUUUUCAGAUAUACCCCAAGAAAUACUACAAUAUCCAAAUGAACCAAUAGUUUUAGGAGUAGAUGAAGCAGGUAGAGGACCAGUCUUAGGUCCCAUGGUUUAUGGUAUAUCAUAUUCAUUAUUAUCUUAUCAAAACUCCCUCAAAACAUAUGGUUUCGCAGAUUCAAAACAAUUAACAGAUAUAGUAAGAACAAAUUUAUUUCAAAAAAUUGAAGAACCAGAAAGUGAACUAUUUAAAAAUGUUGGUUGGGCUACUACUACAAUGACAGCAAAAGAUAUUUCACUGGGGAUGUUAAGAUCAGUUAAUGGACCAGGUGCAUACAAUUUAAAUGAACAAGCUCAUGAUACAACCAUUGAUUUAAUAAAGCAAACACUAGCAAAAGGUGUUAAAGUAACUCAUAUUUUCGUAGAUACAGUUGGACCACCAAUAACUUAUCAAAAUAAAUUGAAACAUAUUUUCCCAAAUAUAGAAAUUGUUGUAACGAAAAAAGCAGAUAGUAUAUACCCAAUUGUAUCAACAGCAUCAGUAGUUGCAAAAGUAACUAGAGAUUUAAAUAUUAAUUAUUUAAACAACAAUAUUGAAAUACUUAAGAAUGAAAAAUUAGGAUCUGGGUAUCCUAGUGAUCCAAAUACUAGUUAUUGGUUGAAUCAUAAUGUUGAUCCUAUAUUUGGGUGGUGUUUUGGAUUUAUUAGAUUUUCAUGGCAGACUGCUAAAGAUAGUUUGGUUAAGAAUAAUGCGGUAGAUGUGAUAUAUCAAGAUGAUUUAGUUAAGAAUAAAAGUUAUGGGGAUAUUAAUAAAAUGUUUGAGAAUAAACAUUUGAGUAAAGGAAAAAUUAGUAAGAAGUAUUUUAAUAGUGAUGAUAUAGACUUAUUAUAG